CAUCCCUUGAAAACCCCAUUCACUCCCUCCUUCUCUCUCUUUCUCUUUCUCUCUUUUUGCUCUGGAAAAUUAAAGUGACUCUGAUCCAGGGAGACAUCAGCAACCCAGAGGACGUGAGGGCAGCGGUGAAAGGCGCCCACGUGGUCAUUCACACGGCCGGUCUGGUGGACGUCUGGGGCCGAGUCCGGCCUGAGAAGAUUAUGGCGGUUAACCUGCAAGGAACCAAGAACGUAAUCGAGGCCUGUGUCACGCAAGGAACCCAAUACCUGAUUUACACCAGUAGCAUGGAGGUGGUGGGACCGAACAUAAAAGGCCACCCUUUCUACAGGGGCAACGAGGACACGGAAUACGAGGCCAUCCAUCACCAUCCUUACCCACUUAGCAAAGCCAAGGCUGAGCAGCUAGUCCUCGAAGCCAACGGGCGACUGAUGCCAGACGGGAAGCGGCUGGUCACUUGCGCCCUUCGUCCAACAGGCAUCUAUGGGGAGAACCAUCUGCUGAUGAAGGAGUUUUAUGAGCAAGGGCUGGUGACAAAGAAGUUCAUGAUCCGGGCCAUCCCAGCCUCCACUGAGCAUGGCAGGGUCUAUGUGGGCAACGUAGCUUGGAUGCAUCUGCUGGUGGCUCAGAAGAUCCAGGAGGACUCCUCGACCAUCGGGAGCCAAGUUUAUUUCUGCUACGAUGACUCUCCAUACAAGAGCUACGAGGACUUCAACAUGGAGUUCUUGAGGCCCUGUGGCUUUCGCCUCUUCGGCUCCCGUCCCGUGCUGCCUUUCCUUCUCCUGCAGUUCAUUGCUCUGAUCAACAGUCUCCUGCAGUGGCUCCUGAAGCCCUUCUGCGUGUAUGCCCCGCUCCUCAACCCCUACACCCUGGUGAUCAGCAGCACCACCUUCACUGUUCAGACCGACAAGGCCCUGCGGCACUUUGGCUACAAGCCCUACUUCACCUGGGAAGAGAGCCGGAAUCGCACGGUCAGGUGGCUUCAGGAGAUCAGAGCAGAGAGACAGGCGGGGAAAUAGGCCCUGGCAGGACAGGAAAACCUGAUUGGAGCAAUGCUGUGGAGGGAAUCCCUGUUUGGGGCAGGAAAGCCACUGGAUGACAGAUAUGCCAAACUCAGGACAUUUGUGAUAUUAAGCUAUGGCACUAUUUUGACUGGUUUGGGAUGGUCCGGUUAGGGAUAUAUAAAGGACCUACCCUUGCGCUCUACAGAAAGCAGAUGGUCUUUGGCAGCAGGCCUACAGAUUCACAGAUGUGCGUCAAGAGGGAUGGGAAGGAAUGGGUGGACCCCCUGUUUUCCAUGCACAAAUGCCAUUACCAAAGAAAUAUGUUUUAGAUUUUGGCUGAAUGCAUCACUGCAUCAUUCUCGGCUCAGCAAGUACUUUUUUCCUGCAAAAGUUCCAAACUGUCACACAUUCCAGAUCAAUUUCUUGCUCCUAUCCCAGUGUAUUUUUCCAUUUGCCUUCACUGUGUUGAUUUAGCCCGCUCCAAAGGGGUAGGGAAAGGUCACCUGGCAUCAUUCCUUCCCCUUGGAAGGCGGAUUGUUGUUCCAUUCCACAUCCCUUACAGACCAGUUCCAUGUUUUUCUUCCUACCUCAGUCACCUCUAUAGUGCAAUAAGGAUCGAGGUCCAAGUUUUAAUAUAAUCUCACCAGUUAUCAAUUAUCUGAUUAUGCAGAUAGACUUUGCUUAGCACAAUAAAAGUUUGACCAUAACGAUGAAAGGAGAUUAAGAUGCUACCGUAUAAUUUUCUAGCCAGAAUUAUCUUGCAGGAAUUGUGCAAUAGAAAUAUAUGACUGGAAAGCCUUCCUUGUGGCAAAUGAUUAAGUUAAAUGAGCAAAUAAAUAAAUAUAUUUUAUUCUCACCACA